AUGGCGCAGCGCCGUGGACGUUCGGGGGUGGCGCUGCUGGCUGCGGGUGCUCUUUUGUUCUGCGCCUUGCCAGCCUUCGUCCCUCCUCUUAGCCGCCGCGCUGCGUUGGCGGCCCCAGCCGCAGCAGCGAUGCUCUUGUUGGGUGCUGAGACAGCAACAGCGGACGUGUCGGCCUGCAACCCCGGCGCCAACAAUUGCUGGUCCACCCAGUCCACAGACAAGACGAAGAUGAGCCCUUGGAAGUGGCCAGCAGGCACGAGCAAGGCUGAUGCUGUCAGCCAGCUCAAAGCCGCCAUCGAUGCUUAUCCACAGGCUGGGCAGGGUGAGGUGGACUUGGGUGGCUACUCCUACGCUGUCGACACCCUUGCUGACAAGGGCUAUGCGCGCUUGGAGUUCAAGUCGGGCAUUGGCAACUUUGCCAGAUUCUUCAACGGUGGCCAGCCCUUCGUGGAUGACUUCGAAGUGAGCGUGGGAGACAGCAGCGUAGCCGUCAAGAGCGCCUCGCGACUGGGAGACAGUGAUUUCGGGGUAAAUGCCAAGCGAUGCAACUACAUCGCAGCCGCGUUGAGGGCAAAGGGAUGGGACGCGCCGGACAUCAAAGCCUAG